GCUCAUUUAAUUAGCUACCUGUAACUGCCAUAUAUAACAGAGUAUUGAAACACACGUCCACUUGUUGGUGUUAAUGAAAGAAGGAAAAACGUGGUUAUAUCUAGGCAGAGGCGUACGUAAACAUAGAACAAUGAGAAGUAUCGGAGUGACUGCGCUACUUUUUGGGUUGGUGUGUCUAUAUGUUGAUGAAGCAAUGGCACAAAGAACGUGUUGCGGCAGACCGAAGGAAUGUCCGCCUGGCUGGGUGCGCAAUUAUGACUCUUGCUAUCAAUAUGCGUCGGGCAAUACAAAAGUCACGUGGUACGAAGCAAACGCCAUCUGUCAAAUGAAACAUUCUCAUCUCCUUGCAAUCGAAUCUCCUGCCGAAAUGGACUUCAUCAAAUCGCAAUACAGAAUCGCUCUCUGGACCGGAGGAAACAUACUGAGUGGUGGGGGAAAAUUCAAAUGGGCCGAGGGUGGCUGUUACAAAUCGAGGGAAGUAGGCUACUCGAACUGGAGUCCAAAUGGUCCACAACCAGAUAACCACUUGGGGAAGGAGUCUUGUCUCAUGAUAUGGGAUCAACAGUUCCGAUGGGCUGAUUUUGAUUGCAACUACAAACUUAGUUAUGUCUGUGAAAUAAAUUUGUAAUAAAAAGUAUUAGAUAGUACACGAUCGUACUAAAUAGAAC